AUGUCAGCACCACGCUCGCUCAAGUCGCCAGCCCUGGACGUCCCUCCCGAACCUCCCUUUAAACGCGUCAAGCUAUCACCGCGUCCCGACUCACAGAUCAACACAUCGACGCCGAAUUCACCGUCUUCAAUCGCGCCCACAGCCGACCUCGCUGAACAGCUUGACGCCGCAGAAAGAAACAAAUAUGUCAAAGGCAAGAAGCUUGGCUCAGGUCAGUAUGCCGACGUCUUCUCUGCACACCUCAAGACCGAUCCCGCACAACUGGUUGCAAUCAAGAAGAUCAAGGUCGGGGCUGAAGCCAAGGAGUUCGGUAUCUCAUACGACAGUCUGCGAGAAAUCAAAUUCUUGCAAGAACUCAAUCAUCCCAACAUCAUCAAGUUGAUCUCGGUCUACUCCACGAAAGGACAGAAUCUGAAUCUAGUUUUGGAACAGUUGCCGCAAGGGGAUCUGCUGAAGUUAAUACAAGAUACGCAAAACAUAAGCUAUACGGCAAGCGAUAUCAAGGCUUGGAUGCUCAUGCUGAUGCGGGCGAUCUGGUUCUGCCAUAAGAAUUUCGUGCUGCACCGCGACAUCAAGCCGAACAACUUGUUGAUCGCUGCCAACGGAGAGAUCAAAUUGGCGGAUUUCGGCCUUGCAAGAAGUUUUGCGGAUCCAUAUCAACCGAUGACGUACAAUACCAUCACGAUCUGGUAUCGACCGCCAGAGCUUUUCUUUCAGGCAAAGUACUAUGGUGAGAAGGUCGAUAUCUGGAGCUGUGGAUGCGUGUUCGCGGAAUUGAUCGCACGGGAUGUGCUGUUUCGAGCGUGGCCGGAGAGCGAGAUCAACAUGAUCAAGUUGAUAUGUGAGAAGGUAGGAACUCCGACCGAUCAGAACUGGCCUGGGGUAGAAAAGCUGCCUGGCUACGUAAUACCGGACGAGAAGUAUCCUUUGCGAAGUAGGGAUUACUGGGCAGGACCUUUCCGCGCGAUCGGAGAUGAGGGCAUAGAUUUGCUGAUCAAGAUGUUGACGCUUGACCCGAGGAAGAGAUUCAGCGCAGAGCAGACGCUGAAACAUGACUUCUGGACAUCAGCUCCGAGACCUAGUAGACUAGAGGAUCUGCCACGCAAGGGUGGUGGUGUCGAAGCCAUGGGCGAGGACUUGAAGAGAAGGGGCGGAGAAGUCCCUGGCACGAAGGAAGAUCGUGGCGAUAAUGUCGCUAGGAAGAUCGACUUCGGUGCCAAAAAGUAA